AUGGACAAUAACACAGGACCAUCAUACUUUUAUUUCACAUUAUUUAAGGGUUAUGAAAAUGUAAGAAUUCUCUACUUUCUGUUAACAAUAUUAUCAUACUUUCUCAUCAUUCUUUUCAAUGUGACUAUCCUGCUGGUUGUAUUCAAGGACAGAUCUCUUCAUGAGCAGCCCAUGUAUCUGUUGAUGUGUUGCCUGCUAUUCAACUCUCUGUACGGCAGCUCUGCACUGUUUCCAAGACUUUCAGCUGAUCUUCUGUCAUCAAUGCAUACAAUAUCACGCACUGCAUGUUUCACACAAAUAUUUGUUAUUUACACCUAUGGGACCUCUGAAUACACUAUUUUAACUGUUAUGGCAUAUGAUAGAUAUGUGGCCAUCUGUGACCCUUUGCGAUAUCAUGACAUCAUGACACAGAGAAAGACAUUUUGGCUCGUUCUCUGUGCCUUUUCCUGGUCAGUCUUUUUCUUGACCAUUGUGGUGUACCUGUCUGCAAGGCUGCCUUUGUGUGACAGUCAGAUACCACGUGUGUACUGCUCGAAUUGGUCUGUCGUAAGACUUUCCUGCGUGUCAACAGUUAUUAAUAACAUCUGGGGAUUGUUCGCUACUUUGACCACAGUCUUUCUGCCUGCAAGUUUCAUAUUGUUCACGUACAUUAGGAUUCUGAUUGUCUGCAGAAAAAGCACAGCUGAGUUUCGAGGCAAAGCACUGCAGACAUGCCUACCGCAUAUUGUCAGUUUUGUUACCUAUUCAUGUGCAAUAUUUUCUGACAUUACACUCAGUCGUUAUGAACCGGGUCAAAUUGCAGAUGUUUUAGUUUUGAUCAUUUCCCUUGAAUUUAUUGUGAUUCCACCAUUACUAAAUCCACUGCUAUAUGGCCUGAACUUACCGGACAUCCGAAGGAGGCUUCUCAAAAUGAUUAUUUCAUUGAAAGUUGGCUUGAGUUCAUAG